CAAACUUGGCUAAAGAUUCGUUGCAUUCGUUGUGAUAUUUUCAUGUCAAAAAAUUAUCAUGUAGCUAUUACGACUAACUAAAAUGUGUCUUCGUAUCUGGGUCUAGUGACCUGAUCUUAAAAUAGAAGUAGAAGAAGCUUUUUUUAGUUAGCAACUGUAACAAAAAAUUUAAAAGAAUAACUACUCUAAAAGAGGAACAGCAUUAAAAUUCUUUUUAAAUAUUAAUACAGAAUGGGAAGCCAAAGGAAAAUUCAAGAUAUUAAACAUGAACUCCAUAAUUUUUUUACGUGGAAUUACUUAAAGGGAUUAGUGGUGAAUCCGGCACAGUUACCUUUCGUUGCUUUUCUAAUAAUACUUGCCGAACUAAUCCUUAACCUAUUAAUAGUAGAAAAAGUACCUUACACUGAAAUAGACUGGAAAGCGUACAUGCAGGAGUGCGAAGGAUUUUUAAAUGGAACACUCGAUUACAGUAAGCUCCAUGGAGACACUGGACCGUUAGUAUAUCCAGCAGGGUUUGUCUACAUCUAUUCUCUGUUUUAUUUUCUUACUGAUCAAGGCCACAAUAUUAAAUUAGCCCAAUACAUUUUUAUAGGUGUCUAUCUUUUAUUACUGAGUUCUGUUCUUAGAAUUUAUAUUAAAACAAAAAAGGUUCCUCCAUAUGUUCUUGCUUUUACAAUAUUAACUUCAUAUAGAAUACAUUCUAUUCACGUUUUACGUAUGUUUAAUGACCCUGUAGCAGUUCUUUUCUUAUAUGUAUCUCUAAACUUCUUUUUAGACUCAAAAUGGUACUUAGGUAGUAUUUUUUACAGUUUAGCCGUUUCAAUAAAAAUGAACAUACUACUUUAUGCACCUGCAUUAUUCUUCUUUUACUUAAUUAAUCUCGGAUACAAAGAAACCAUAAAACAAUUAUUUGUGUGUGGCAUAAUACAGUUAUUGCUAGGAUUACCUUUCAUUAUAGUUGCACCUGUUGCCUAUAUAAAAGGAAGUUUUGACCUAGGCAGAGUUUUUAAUCAUACUUGGACGGUUAAUUACAGAUUUUUAGAUGUAAAAUUUUUUGAAAAUCCUAUAUUUCAUUUAACAUUGCUUUCUAUACAUAUUAUGCUUUUAAUCAUAUGUGUACCUAUGUGUGUUAAAUACUUUCAAAGUUAUUGCCGCUUGAAAUAUGUACAGCAGCAGGUGCAACCUCAAAUUGAUGCAAAAAAUAAGGAAAAUAAGAGAAAGUCCAAGCUGAAAAAAGAAAUUAAAAUGAAAUUAAAUCCAAAUUUAGGAAAAGAAGAAUCUCUAUCAAAGGAACAAGAGCAAUUUCUAAAGUCAUUUGAAAAUAUGUUACAAAAGUCUUCACAAAUGAGUGGCAAUAAGUUACCUAAGAAAAUAAUUAAUGAUGAAAGCAAUAAGUCUUAUAGCAUUAACUUUGACAUUUUGUCACAAUUAUUUAUCCUUCCAAUGUUUUUAGUCAAUUUUAUAGGCAUUGUUUGUGCACGCAGUUUACAUUAUCAAUUUUAUUCAUGGUAUUUCCAUACUUUGCCAUAUUUGUUAUGGUCUACUAAUUACACUAUUAUUAUUAGGUUUCUAAUAUUAGCACUUAUAGAACUUUGUUGGAACACUUACCCCAGUACUAAUGUUACUAGUGCUAUGUUGCAUAUAUGUCAUAUUAGUAUAUUAUAUGGAGUUUAUAAAAAAAUGUCAACAGAAUUAAAAAUGGCAUCAAAAUUGCAAUGAUAAGAUAAAUAUCUUGGAAAAUUGUAAAUAUUUGUUUAAUAAAUAUGUAUUUUGAUAA